UGUUGUGUUUAUUUCCAUCGACUAAUAAAACUAAUAACACUACGAACCACUGUAAAAAUAUAAUAAUGGGCGCUGAGUGGUCGAAAUUUAAUCCUAGCAAACGUUUUAAACGUGAUGAAGACUAUACGACAUUGGACGCAGCCAACAAACGUACGCAGCACUGUCUGUUUACAGGGAUUGACUGGAGCCGUCUACCUUACCUGGUCUUGGUUCAAGUCUUCCAACACCUGGACAACCCAGACAGGUACCACGCUGCUCUCACGUGUAAAUCCUGGCUACUGACACUCUCUAGUCCAGUCUUGUGGCGCACGGGACACUUCAAGUUGAACACCAAGUGCAGCCAAAGUCUGAUCAGUUUUGCUGAAACGAUGGGGAAAUCUUUGCUUCACAUUAGAGCCGAUAUCACAUCGUUGAAAGAUGAAGACAUUGGUAGCACCAGAUUUUUGUCCCGUUUACUUCAAGUCAUCCUAGAUGUUAACAACAAGAAACUGGUCACUCUCAGCCUGACCAAUACAAAGAUGUUAAGAUCAUCACACGCCUACCCCAGGUUGAGGGUAGUCGAACAACUCGAAACCCUAUUAGAAAACCAGCACCAACUCCAAGUUUUGGAUCUAAGCAACGCUGCUCUUAAACUAUAUGAAGGUCUUGACUUGCUAUUGGCGGCCACGCUGAACUCCUAUGCAACGCUCCACACCCUCCACAUUAACGGGCUGGUCAAGAUGUCCUUCUCAGCUGAUGUGGCAAAUGAUGGGAAAUUCCAUUUGGUGGUGUCUUGUCUCACCAAUUUAUCUGUUUUACAGCUCGAUUACCCCUGCCUGUCGAACACAGUGCUGUACCUGCUUGCUGCAACAGCCAGCAAUACCCUGCGGCUGAUGUCACUUUAUGCUUCUAUUUACAUCCCCCAAACUUAUAUCACCCCGCCAGCCUGGCAGUCCCUGACAUCUGCUUGUCCAAAACUCAAAGUUGAAUUUUUUAUCGGAGUGGCGGUUAUUAUGUUCUUUAAUGAGCCAUCACGUAAAGUAUCUCUGAGUUCAAAUGAAAUAAACCGGGAGUGA